AGCGGAGGGAUACCACCGAGGAAUUCUAGAUAAUUUUUAGUUGCAGCCGUUGCAGCUUUAAACACUGGUAACACUGAAAUUAGCUGGGCUCGGAACCGGAAACCCUCGAUCAGUCUUCAGUUUCUCUACGUAGGACGCACCGACACAUCAGAAUCAUGGCUGAGGUUGAAGAAGCGCAGAAGAAGAAGAGGACCUUCAGGAAGUUCACCUUCCGAGGUGUCGACCUGGACCAGCUCCUGGACAUGCCAGCUGAACAGCUGAUGGAGUUGAUGCACUCCCGUGCUAGGAGGAGGUUCACUCGUGGUCUGAAGCGCAAACCAAUGGCUCUUGUGAAGAAACUGCGCAAGGCCAAGAAAGAAGCUCAGCCUAACGAAAAGCCUGAUGUUGUCAAGACACACCUCCGAAACAUGAUCAUUGUCCCUGAAAUGGUUGGUUCCAUUGUUGGUGUGUACAACGGAAAAACCUUCAACCUUGUUGAAAUUAAGCCUGAGAUGAUUGGUCACUACCUGGGAGAGUUCAGUGUUACCUACAAGCCUGUCAAGCACGGUAGACCCGGUAUUGGUGCCACCCACAGUUCUCGUUUUAUUCCUCUUAAGUAAGGUUGUUCCACUGUUGUGCUCUUUAAUAAUAAAGUUUUAAAGCAGCACAAA